UUCUAAUGAUCGACCAAUCGUCCACGUCCAGUCUACUCGCCACACUCACAGCCACAGUAGCAGAGAGACCGUGUGUCGGACGCGUCUGUCUUAACGCAGAGAGCUGACCUGCUUAAAACGCAGUGACAGAGGAGUAAAAAAAACAACCAAAAAACAGUGCAAAUAGAUAAUGUUUUGUGGGACGAGUAUCUCUCAACGCGGUUUUCUUUUUCACUGAACGUCAUCCUGGUCCAUAGGUUCAAGUAGCACACAGGAGUAGGCUACAAGUUUCCGAUGGACAGAUACUUGGAAACGGCUGGCGCAACAAGCAUGGGAUUAUUUUUGUAAUGUGGAUUGCUAUUCCCUUGCAAGAAAAUAAAGGUCUGCUGAGGAACAAUGUGAGACGUUUUGCGUCUUGGAUUCUCGUGUUUCUGGAUAUCUUGAAAAUCAUUGGCAAUAGUUGAGAAGGCAGAAGUUAUGCGCAAAGGAUUGUACGCUCCGACCCCGGGACCAACAUGGAUUUGCCAUUACAACCCCCUGCCCCUUAUUUAGACAGAUUUUAGCCGGUCCACUUGUGUUGUUGUUGUUGUUGUACUUGUUGUAAACUUCACGUUUGGAUUUUAAAACGUUGACUGCCUUUGGAUUGGAUUUCCAACACCAUGAACUUUAUUGACAGUUUGACACUAUUAUUUUUGACGCUGUCAGCUGUCAAGAGCGCCCACAUACCGAAGGCCACAGAAAGAGGUCCACAUGACGUGAUCCCUUUAAUGGAGGUGUACAACAAGAGUUUGUGUCAGCCUCGGGAGCUGCUGGUGGAGAUUCUGCAAGAGUAUCCGGAGGAGGUGGAGCACAUCUUCAUCCCGUCCUGCGUGGUGUUGACGCGCUGCGCCGGCUGCUGCAACGAUGAGACGCUGCAGUGCAUGCCCACAUCCAGCUAUAACAUUACAAUGGAGAUUAAAAGAAUAAAACCCCAAAGGCAACAAAAUGAUAUUUUCAUGAGUUUUACAGAACACAGCGCAUGUGAGUGUAGGUUAAAGGAAGAAAUUAAAGACCACAGAGAAAAAAAAUCCCGGAAAGGAAAGGGUAAAGGCCAAAAGAGAAAACAAAAGAAAAACCGCGACAAAACAAUUCACGAUGCUGUUUGUGAGCCAUGUUGUGAUCACUGCUCAGAAAGGAGGAAGCGCUUGUUCGUGCAGGAUCCUGCAACCUGCCGAUGCUCCUGCAAACACACAGACGAAUACUGUAAAGACCGCCAGCUAGAGCUCAACGAGAGGACCUGCAAAUGUGACAAGCCAAGGAGAUGAGAGAGGUGGCAGCACCAGAUGUACAAGAUGAAGGAAUAUUCUAGAGAUAUUUCACAGCACAGCACUUUGACCUUUGAACCGUAAGCUCUUCUUUUCUCUGGAAAGCAUUCCCUUUGAGAGAGAACACUAAGAAAGACUGAACUGAAGUUUCCUCCCACUGUAUAUCUGUGUGUAUAUAGACCAUGAUAAAA